CCUCCCGCUCUCACCGGCCGGCCUGCUGCUCCGAGGCGGCGGCGGCGGCGGCGGCGGCGGCGGGCGGCAUGCGCGUGUGAGAUGCGGCCGCGGGCAGUCCGGACGCGAGCAGCGGCCGCCGGGGCAGCGGAGAAGGCAGGCGCGGCCUCCUCGGCGCGGGGCGCGCAGUGCAUGAGGGCGAGCACGCGGGCGCUGGGCAGCUGCCGGCCACGCCGCCUCCAUAAACACUUGUUUAGGACUCGUUCGCCCCGCUGAGGUCCGGGCGCCCCGCCAUGGAGGCCCCGCCCGACCCCGGGCCCCACGCUUCGGCCUCGGCCUCGGCCUCGGCCGCGGCGCCGCUGCGCGCCCCGGAGGUGGCGCGGCUCCGCGAGGAGCAGGAAAAGGUGGUCACUAGCUGCCAAGAGAAAAUCCAGCACUGGAAGAAGGUAGAUAAUGAUUAUAAUGCCCUUCAAGAAAGACUCAGUACCUUGCCUGAUAAGUUGUCUUACAACAUCAUGGUACCAUUUGGCCCCUUUGCCUUCAUGCCAGGAAAACUUGUCCAUACUAAUGAAGUUACUGUUUUACUUGGGGACAAUUGGUUUGCAAAGUGCUCAGCAAAGCAGGCAGUGGGCUUAGUUGAGCACCGGAAAGAACACGUAAGAAAAACAAUAGAUGAUUUAAAAAAAGUGAUGAACAAUUUUGAAUCCAGAGUUGAAUUUACAGAAGAUUUGCAGAAAAUGAGUGAUGCUGCAGGUGAUAUUGUUGACAUAAGAGAAGAAAUUAAAAGUGACUUCGAAUUUAAAGCAAAGCACCGAAUUGCUCACAAACCUCACUCCAAACCCAAAACUUCAGAUAUUUUUGAAGCAGAUUUUGCAAAUGAUGUACAAUCCAAGGGUUUGCUUGCUGACGAGGGGCUGUGGGCUCGACUUGAAGAACUGGAGAGACAAGAAGAAUUGCUGGGCGAACUUGACAGUAAGCCUGAUGCUGUGAUUGCAAAUGGAGAAGACACAACAUCUUCUGAAGAGGAGAAGGAGGAGCAGAACAUACAUGGGCAUGUGGGGAAUGAAAGAGCAGACUCCGGUACUCCCAGCGGUCGUCCCAGGGACGCUCCAGAGCUGCUUAGGGCUCCAGUGACUAGUCAGCACAAGUGUUCAGUGAAUGGUUCGGAUGCCUGUCACAGUGAUGAAGAUGAUGGUGAUGGUGACGAUGAAAACGAAAAUGUCCGUGAUGCUCUAGGGCUUGGAGAGACUUCUGUACCAACAAUAUAUUUUUCUCAUACUGUUGAGCCUAAGAGGGUCCGAAUAAAUACUGGAAAAAAUACCACUUUAAAAUUCAGUGAAAAGAAAGAAGAAGCCAAACGUAAACGAAAAAACAGCUCAGGCGGUGGUCACUGUUCCCAGGAGCUGCCCACCAUCAGGACGCCUGCCGACAUUUACAGAGUUUUUGUUGAUCUUGUGAAUGGAGAAUAUGUCCCUCGGAAGUCCAUCCUGAAGUCUCGCAGCAGAGAAGACAGUGUUUGCAGUGACACCAGUGAGAGCAGUGCCGCCGACCUCGAUGACCGACGUGGCCUUUGGAGGAGCAUCAGCUGUGAAGAGGCCACUCACAGUGACACCAGUGAGAGCAUUUUGGAAGAGGAACAGCAAGAAAAUCAUCAAAAGAAACUUUCGCCGGUAACUGGAACACCUGAGGCUUUUUCUGGAACUGUGAUAGAAAAAGAAUUUCUGUCGUCCUCAGCACCACACCCAGCUGGGGCUCAUCCUGUGCUACCCACCAUUCCGGAACGCAGAGAAGUCCUGUCAGAAGUGUCAGGAGAAAGUACAAAGAGGGUUUCAAAGUUCAAAGCUGCCAGACUGCAGCAGAAAAGCUAGGCCCUGCCUGGGACAUGGGAGUUGGUGUCCUCAAACCUAGUUUUGCAUUUGUUUAGAAUAUAUAUAUAGUGAAAUACAUUACAUGUAGUUUGAAAUAAGGCAUCCUGAGUUAUAAUAAUUUGGCAGGAAGCUCUCUUUCUCUUAUCAGUGGUAUCAAAAAAAAUCUGAGUAGAUGUUUGGACACUUCAAUAUUCGGCUUGUUUUGUUAAUUCUCUGAAUAUUGUCAACGCUCCUGUCUAAGUUUGCCUUAUGAUGCAGUGGCAGCUUUUCGAUUUAGUUUUCAAAGAAUACCGUUCAUAUGCAUUGUUUUUGUGUUUCGAACUAAAUACAGGCAGUUUUGUACCAGCUGUGAUGAUGUGCACACCAUAUGGACCAUUUUAAAGAAACUUUUAAAGUUUCAAAUAGAUUCAACAAUUAUAUUACUUGCUUUAGCAUUUUAAAGGCACUUUAAAAAAAUCUACUUCUUGUAGGUUUUGCAGCUCGGUGGCUAUUUCAAACACCUCUCCCCUUUGACUGUCAUUCUGUAAUCUCUAAGGCAGAAAGCUACGUAUGGGACCCUAUGGGAAAGUGUCUUUGAUCGGAAGAAUGGUAUUUUGUAAAACAUUUUUUUUCAAGUAAAAAUUUUAUGAAACUUGGUCUCUUAACAUGUUGUGAACUUUAUGAUUCAGGAUUGAGUGUAGAAAUGUGUUUGAUUCACAUAUAUGCUACAUGUAUGUAGCACAAUGGAUCCUCGCAUCCUGCAGUUCCACGGGCAUUUCUUCUUUUCCAGGUGUGUGCGCUGUUUACUGACAUCGUGUUUUGGGAGAGAAGGAAAGGCUGUCUAGGUGCUUAAAAAAUAUAUUUUUUUUUAAAUAAGGAAUUCUGUGUUUUAAUCUUUCCACCGUUUUCUUUCUCUAAGGCUAUUCUCCUAGUAGUUUAGUAACUGAAAUAACAUAUUUACUUUUAGCAAAACUCCUUAAAAUACAGAACUAUAUUCUAACAUGGAAAAUUACACUGCAAGUCUUAAUCAUUAUCUUGAUGCAUGCUAAAAUGUAGCUUUUUAAAAGCAUUCUACAUUAGUACUAAAAUAAGCCAUCAAUGCCAGUCCACCCUCUAUUCAUGGCUAAAUAGUUAAAGGUUAUUUAUAGCCUCUUUAAUGAAUUCUUGCUUAAACAAAGUGAAAUUAUGUCCUAGAAAAGGAGAAGCUAUUUGUAACUAGAAGAGCACAACUGUAAAAGUUUUAUGAAUAUGUAUUUUAAUAAUAAGAGGGGUGAGCCUGAAUCCCCAUAAGUUAGUGGAUAAUUCAGAACAGAGCACUGAGUUUGAAAGCUCGCCUAAAAAUGUCGGACGUUUGUUCUUUAGUAAAUUUUGGUCCACUGUGCAUACAUUUUUAGUUAAAAACUGGUUUUCUCUCAGGCCAUUCCCCACAAAAAAACCAAACAAACCGAGAGAAUAGAGAGCUCCCUACUGCAGCUGCUGUUAGAGCCACCCUUCCCGUGCCAGCUGCCCCCCGAAACAGACUUCCUUGUGGGGUGAGCAUGGUGUUCUUUAUGGAAUGGGACUCCAGAACCCCGUCAGUAAGUAGUUUCCCCUGUUCAUGCACUUCGUUGUGAGCCUGCUGCUGUUCAUGUAGUUGCUUACUUCUUGCAAAUAGAUGUUCCUUCACUGAACAAGAGGGUAGUAGAAGCAAAGGAAAGGUGUUGAUAACGUCUUCCUCUGACCAAAUGAAGCAGUGGUGACCCAUUUCAUAGCUUCACCUUAUGACAAAGUUUCACAUUGUAACUUAAUAUUACCGCUUUAUCUUUCAGAUUAAAUUCAAAUUUCAAUUGGAUAAAAUGAAGCUGGUCUUACGUGUUCUCUUUGAAACCAAUGUAAAACAGAACAGCAGACUGAAAAAAACCCUUUAAUUCUGAACUAAUUUUAGACUUACAGAAAAAAUGCAAAAAUAGUGCAGAGUUCCUAUACCUACCUCCUUGUCCAGCUUUUCCUGGUCCUGAAACGCCUUGUAACACCACCACACACCUGUGAAAUUCUGGGCACGUACCUGCUGCCACAGCACUAACUGAAGCACACAUCUUGUUCGACUCUCGAUGCUCCUGUCCUGCUACAGGAGCCUUUCCAGGAUCCCGCCUGACAUUGGUGUGGCAUUUACACGUCAUCACUCCGUAGUGUCCUCCUGUCUCUGCCACUCCCGCCAUUUUUCCUGGUCUUUCAUAACUCUGAUAUCAGAUCUUGCUCAGUUUGGGUGUGUCUGAGGCACUGACGUGAUUAGAAUGACAGUUUGCAUUUUUGGUAAGACUAUCACAGAAAUGCAUCAUAUCCAGAGGUUCAUCUCCGAGUUGCCUUGUGCUGUGUCAUUGCAAGAGGUCUGUAACUUCCAUAGUUCAUUGCGUAGGUGAUGCCCACCAGGUUUCUCCACUGUAAAGUUACUGUCUUUUCCUUUGCCGUUAGUAAGUAUCUGGGAGGAGAUCCGUUGAGAUUAUGCAGAUAUUCUUUUUCUCCUCAAAUGUAAGCCCACUGAUUUUUGCAUUGAUUGAUGGAUCUUGUCUGCGCCAGUUUUUGCCUGAUGAUGACUUUCCGUUUCACCCUUCUACAUUUAUUUCUUAGACUCUUUUGUAAUGAAAAGCUGUGCCAUCCACCCUGCCUUUAUGAAUUUAUUUGGUUGUUUAUAUCAGUGUGGACUUGGGUAUUUAUUUUAACCUAUGGGUUAAAAUUCACGUAUCAUUGUUUUGUUUGCUCAAAUGAUUCUGCCUUU